UUACGAGUCGUAACCGAAGGAAGAGCAAGAAGCGGAGAGAUAGGAAGAGAGAGAGAAGGCUACAGCUAUAUAUUUAUAUAUUCUUUCGUUCUUCCUCACUCUCCCUAAUCUCUAAUUAAUCUCGAUUAGAUUUGAGAUUUAGGAGGAUUAAGAGCGAAGAUGUUUAUAGAGAAGUUUAAGGUGGAGAGCCCCAACGUGAAGUAUGGAGAGCACGAGAUCGAGUCGGUGUAUCACUACGAGACCACCGAGCUCGUCCAUGAGAACCGUGAUGGGUCCUACCAAUGGAUCGUCAAGCCUAAGACCGUCCGAUUCGAUUUCAAGACCGACACCCGAGUCCCCAAGCUCGGGGUGAUGCUGGCGGGGUGGGGAGGGAACAAUGGGGCCACCCUCACGGCUGGGGUCAUUGCUAACAGAGAGGGGAUCUCAUGGGCGACCAAGGAUAAAGUGCAGCAGGCUAACUAUUAUGGGUCACUGACUCAGGCUUCCACCAUCAGGGUUGGAUCUUUCAAUGGGGAGGAGAUCUAUGCGCCUUUCAAGAGCUUGCUUCCCAUGGUUAACCCAGACGACAUCAUCUUUGGAGGUUGGGAUAUAAGUAACAUGAACCUGGCUGAUGCCAUGGCCAGGGCCAAGGUUUUGGACAUAGACCUCCAGAAGCAGCUCAGGCCCUACAUGGAGUCCAUGGUCCCCCUCCCGGGGAUCUACGACCCCGAUUUCAUUGCUGCCAACCAGGGAUCACGAGCUAAUAACGUGAUCGAGGGGACCAAGAAGGAGCAGGUCCAACAGAUCAUCAAGGACAUAAGGGAGUUUAAGGAGAAGAACGAGGUGGAUAAGGUGGUGGUGCUAUGGACAGCAAAUACGGAAAGGUACAGCAAUGUGAUUGUGGGGCUCAAUGACACUAUGGAGAACCUCUUGGCUUCGUUGGACAGGAACGAGGCUGAGAUAUCCCCAUCAACCUUGUAUGCGCUAGCUUGUGUCCUAGAGAAUGUCCCGUUCAUCAAUGGAAGUCCCCAGAAUACCUUUGUGCCGGGACUGAUUGAUCUGGCUAUUAAGAGGAACAGUCUUAUUGGUGGAGAUGACUUCAAGAGUGGGCAGACAAAGAUGAAGUCUGUCUUGGUGGAUUUUCUUGUGGGAGCUGGAAUCAAGCCAACCUCUAUAGUUAGCUACAACCACCUGGGAAACAAUGAUGGCAUGAAUCUCUCUGCCCCACAAACUUUCCGGUCGAAAGAGAUUUCGAAGAGCAAUGUUGUUGAUGACAUGGUCUCUAGCAAUGGCAUACUCUAUGGGCCUGGGGAGCAUCCAGACCAUGUUAUUGUCAUCAAGUAUGUGCCCUAUGUUGGGGACAGCAAGAGGGCUAUGGAUGAAUACACAUCAGAGAUAUUCAUGGGUGGGAGGAACACAAUCGUUCUUCACAACACAUGCGAGGACUCGCUGUUGGCAGCACCCAUCAUCCUGGAUCUGGUUUUGCUAGCUGAGCUCAGUACUAGGAUUCAGCUCAAAGCUGAGGGAGAGGGAAAGUUCCACUCCUUCCAUCCAGUGGCCAGUAUCUUGAGUUAUCUCACCAAAGCUCCCCUUGUCCCUCCAGGAACACCUGUGGUGAACGCCCUUGCAAAGCAGAGGGCCAUGCUGGAGAACAUCCUGAGGGCUUGCAUUGGGCUUUCCCCUGAGAACAACAUGAUCCUAGAGUACAAGUGAACCCACCAGAGAUAGAAAGAAGGUGGCUAAUGGGAUGGAGAAGAAGGGUGUCUUGGCCCUUUUCUGUUGUAUGCUUCUUGUGUUUAUAUGGGGUCUCUUUUCUUUUUGACUUGUAUGGUUAUGUGCUUUGCUUUAGCUGCUUCAGCUUCAAAUCUAGUGGGAACCCCUAUUAUAAAUGGACUUCUUUUGGUGAUAU